AUGAAUACGUUUUCAUCUCCACCAAACGUAAUACGAGAGUAUAAUGACACAACUUAUCAGCUGCCAUUGAAUUCACAAUUCCGUCAAUCACCAUUCUUGCAGAAUCAAUCGCCAGACUAUGUCAGCUUGCGAGAAGAGGAUGAUACUAAUGAUAAGAGCAUAGACAUCAUGUCAUCAUGUAUAGUAGAUUCAGUAAUCUAUAAAUCACAAAAAAUUGCAGGCCCACUAUUGAGUCAAAUAUCCAACUUGAAUAUUCAGCAAGCAUUGAUUAUACGGGAACUACUAUUCACAUUGUUAGGGCAUGAAGGCCAUUACAUUCAAUAUAGCAAACGUUAUGAUCCAACAUCACAAAUCAGCCGAAUUGAAGGACCCGAUUAUAAGAUUGCAAAGAAUUUGGAUAUAAGUUUAAAAGUAAUUACUAAGAAAUUGGUUAAAUUUGGAAAAUACUACAGUGGGUUAAAAUCCUUUAUUCAAGUAUUUGAUAAUAACAAAUUUGGAAAAAUUGUUCAAAAAUUUUGUUCUGAAGUGAGAAAGUUCUUAUCGAGUUACCAACAAGUACUAAUAAAUGUCGAGCAUGAGUUUAAGUUCAAUAAGAAUUUUAAUUUGAACAUGUUGGAUCUGCUCUUGCAUCAGGAAAUAUCCAAUAAAAUGACCCAUCUAUACCAGAUUGGAAUAGAGAUUAGUCGGAUAACGGAAGAAAGACAGAAAAUGUCUCAGGCCGAAAUUAUGGGUAAUUUUGAACCAACAACAUUGGCUAACACAAGCAUGAACGGUAUCAAUUCUGAGCCUAAUGUGUAUUAUGGCAAAUUUGAUUGUUGUAAAGGUGGACUCUUACUUCAAGUUAUACAAGAAAGAAUGGUUUAUUAUAAAGGUGAUCCAAUGUCCCUAAACUUUUUAACACAGCUUUUUGAUAUUGUUAGUUCAGAUUAUGUUGGAAUGUUAAAUCAAUGGCUUUUGGAGGGCGUAAUAAACGAUCCGUUUGAUGAGUUCAUGAUUAGAGAAAAACGAGUGCCAGACUCCUUUAUGGAAAUAUUCCAAAGCAAAAGUGAAUACUACUGGAACGAAUUGUUUUUAAUUAAAAUAGAUGGUUUGCUCAAUCAAUUUCAGAAUUCAACUAUACAGUCGAAAAUUUUAAAUACAGGGAAAUACUUGAACAUAUUCAAACGAUGUACAGGGUUGCACAAUUUUGAAUCUUUAAAAGAAAAGUUGACCUCUAUAACUAGUUUGGCAGCUCCUGAUUUGGAACUUAAGAUUGAUGAGUUUUAUCAUAGGGCAAACAAAAUGUUAAUGAAAUUGCUUUUCGAUGGAUAUAAUUUCCCAGCAGUGGUGAAAAUAUUUCAAAGAUUGUUUCUUUUCGCAGAUUCUUUUCAAAUCGAUAAUUUUAUUGAUAGUACAUUUAGUGAAUUGAAAAGGGGGAAACUCAAGAUUUCAGUUUCCAGACUACAAAAGCAAUAUGACGAUAUAUUCAAAGAAAAAAUUGAAAAUAAAGUCGGUGUACACCCUAGUGUAUAUGAUGUGUUGAAGAAAAAUCAAAGGCUAUCGGUGACGUCGGAGUCAUUGUACAAAGUGGUUGAGGAAUUAAUGGAAAAGAACCUGGAUUAUUUGAUUUCAGACAACAACUUGCGUGGGAUAUUUCAUAGAGUAGCGUCGUUGAGAGAUGACCUGCGAAUUACCAUACUGAGUGCUGCUGAUUCUGCUACUGAAAGUAUCAAGGAUGAACCAACAAUAACUAGUGUUGAUCUUACUAUACCGUUGCCAUUUCCUUUAAACUUAGUUUUGAAUCAACAAUUGUCAUACCAGUAUGAAAUAAUGUUUAAAUUAUUAAUUAACAUCAAAUUCAUUUCAAAGUAUAACAGCACCAAUUGGCAAGAGAUGAAUUAUUCUAAAAUUUGGACAAACUUGCAUUUCAACUCGAGUGUGAAAAAAUGGAUAUUGCGUUGCAGAGUAUUGCAUUCAAGAAUUUGCAGCUUUAUUCAUGAACUUGAGAAUUACAUCGUGCAUGAUGUCAUUGAGUAUAAUUUUGAUGAAAUCAAGAAUUUGAUAGACACUACUGCAGCUAACUUGGCGGCAAGUGAACUUGGGUCAGAUAUAAAUGAUGAAGGUGAUAAUAUAUUUAAUGGGUCAUUGAUUAGAGGGACAUUUAAUAACAAUUCAAUAUUCGACUCUAAAGUUCACAAGCACAGGGUAACAUAUGUUGAAGGGAUAUCAACAGUUGAGCAAUUAAUCCAGAAAUUUUUGGACUAUUCUAGUACUUUAUUAAAUGAUUCGUUGCUUACUCGUGAAGAGUCCUUGCGUCAGCUUCGUAAAAUGCUAGAUUUUAUUUUCCAUUUUAAUAAUUACAUUGUUCAAGUGAAGAAAGUUUUGGUGUUGUUAAACCAUGAAUUGUUCGACGAGUAUUCUAGGGAAUUCCCUUCUAAAUUUGAAAAGCCAAUGGAUAAAGAACUGAUAGAUAAAAGAUUUGCAAACUUGAGCGACACUUUUCUAAUGCAGUACGAAAAAUUUGGUGAAAAUCUUGUUACGUUUUUGGCCACCAUUAAGCAAGUUGGUGAAAGAGAAAACCAAGGAUUAUUGGAAUUAAGUAACAGACUAGAACUUUGUUUCCCAGAGUAG